CUUAAAUCCAUCCUCCCGUCGCUGGUUAUAAGGCUCGUGUUCCUCCGCCUGACAUUACCCGGCGCUUGCGACGGCUCUUCGCCUUUUCCCGCCAAUUCGACCUAUUUGCCUCUCUAUUCGCCCGCGUCGGAGCUUGGUCAAUAGGGAGCUCUCUUGAAAGCAAAGAUGGGAGAAAUGAUUGUUUCUCUGGACGAUGACAUUCCACUGGAUUCAACACGAGCACGAUUUACGAAUCUUCUCAAGAGGCAUCAGCAAUUGACAGACCGUCUUACUAGGGAUUCUGAUAAGACGAUAUUUGACCGGUUAAGCAAAGAAUUUGAAGCUGCACGGGCAUCCCAAAGUCAGGAACUAUGCUUAGAUGGGGAAGAGUGGAAUGAUGGUUUGUUGGCUACACUAAGGGAACGGGUGCAUAUGGAGGCUGACAGAAAGGAUAGCGGUAAUGCAGGUCUUGCACCAGUUUCUCACCCUGAAGAACGAGUUGCUUACAGAGUGGGAAAUAAGGUGAUCUAUUGCUUAGAGGGAGCGAGAAUUGGAAUACAGUAUGAAACAUCCUUCGCAGGAGAAACUUACGAAAUCUACCACUGUGUGCUUGAGAGCAAGUCGUUCUUGGAGAAGAUGAAUGUACUUGAGCACACAAUUCCAUUCUUUUUGCCACUGCGUGACUUGGAAAAUGAUCAUCUUUCUUCGAAUGCUAAGAAAUUCAUCGAUAGUGUUGGGGAUCUCCUGCAUGCAUAUGUGGACAGGAGGGAACAGGUCCGGCUUAUCAAAGAGCUCUAUGGAAAUCAGAUCAGGGAGCUUUAUCACAGUCUUCCUUACCACAUGGUUGAAUUUGCGAUAGAUGAUUGUGACUGCAAAGUGGUGGUGAGCCUGAGAUAUGGGAAUCUUAUGUGUGAACUUCCGACAAAAGUGAGAGUUCUAGCAUGGCCAAUGCACCAGCUGAAGAGACAAUGUACAAGCCCUAGGUUAAGUAAACUUGCCAGUCAAGCAAUCCCUGUGCGUUUAUCUUUUGCCGAGGAUGCCUUACGGAUCCAGUCACUACCUGAAGCAUACGCAGAGAUUGUAGUAAACAUGCCACAAGAAAUUGAGCAAAUAUUUCUGUAGAAGAGUUGGGAGCUAAGACUCUGAAGCUUUCUCCAAGUCUUAUACUCUUAUAUAUCUUAUAUAUAUCUCGCUACUUUCUUGUAUGCUAUUUGAUGUUGAUCCUUCAUCUAACAAUGUUAAAAUUGUGCCACAUAAUGAAUUUUGUUUAGCUUUUCA